AUGCCGUUCAAGCGCGAUCCAUGCUAUGCUACGACUAUCUUAUGCUCCGUGCUGACAAUGGACCCGUUGAUCCUCGUGGCCUUUGGUGAUCCGCCUGACAAUGUCGAUCUAGCAGAGAGCCGCACUCGCGCGGACAAUGCGGCCGUCAUCAUCCUAAUCCUGAUUGCUUCAAUUGCCGUGGCCCUCAGGUUGAUGGCUAGAAAGUUCCAGCAUGUAGGCUUGAAAGCGGAUGACUACAUCAUCCUUGCGUCGUUGAUUUUCGUGUACGCAACGGCUGGCCUGAGCAUAGCAGCACAAGGAGGACACUACGGCGCCGGCAAACACAUCUGGACAGUGGAAAUGUCUAGCCUUGUGUUGAUUAUACAGAUCCUCUACGGCUACACCUUCGUCUACGCGGCGACAGUCUCGUCAAUCAAGAUAUCAAUCCUCUUCUUCUACCACCGAGUCUUUACUAGCAACGACCUGGCGUUCAAAAUUUCCCUCCUCGUGGGAGGAUUCCUUUCCAGCGCCUACCCCAUCAUCAUCUGGGUCACUAUGGGAAACUGCUGCAGCCCGAUCACAUACUACUGGAACCAAUUCCACGGAGCCGAGGGGCACUGCAUCGAUGUCAACACCUUCUAUCUUGCUCUCGGUAUUAUCAACAUGGUCAACGACGUCAUUAUCCUGACGAUCCCUAUACCGCAGAUCCUCAAGCUUCAGAUGUCGACAAGGAAAAAGGCGGCUGUGUGCGGAAUCAUGCUGCUUGGAAGUUUCGUCUGCAUUGCUAGCAUAGUCCGGAUAUACUACCUUGCAGUCUUCAUCAAGACGGUCGACGUCACAUGGCUGAUGGGACCAGUGUUCAUCUGGUCGUCCGUCGAGCCGUCUAUCGGAAUUCUCUCGGCGUGCCUACCCAAUCUCCGUCCGCUAUUCAGAAGUCUCCGUGAGAGAAUGUCGUCGGCGGAACGCAGCCACAGUUCGGACCGCACCGGUCAGCGCUCGGGGAGCAGCGAUACGCCGUGGAGGUCCGGUGGCCAUGCAGGGCAGAGAGGCUCUAGCUACGGUGGUUCGAGGUUCGGGUUUGGGAGCGGAGACGGGGCGUUGAAACUGGUGGAGGAGGAGGACGAGAUUCACCUCACGAAUAGGGCCAUGGGCGGGAGCCGACUGCAGAAACAUGAAUCGACGGCAUCGGAAGAUCAGGAGAGCCUCCCAGGCCAUGUUAUAAUUGUGGAGUCAAGCAUCGAGCAGUCAAGCUGUGUGCGGGAUGGUCGUGCUUGA